AUGCAUAUCUCUGUGGUCAAGAUUUGGUUUCAAAACCGCCGCACUAAAUGGAAAAAGCAGAACCCGGGCAUGGACGUAAACAGCCCGACGGUACCACCACCAAACGCUGGUGGUUUUCCUUCUGGGCCAUAUCCUGGAGGUCUUCUAUACUCUCAUGGGGUCCCAUACCCCUUCACCGGUCCGGGACCUUACGCACCAUACUUCCACCACUUAGCAGCGAAUCAUCACCACUCGCACGGUUCUCUGGGGCAUUCCCACACGUGA